AUGGCGACCAUGGACGAGUUAUUUCGGAAUUCCAUUCAACAAGCUGGAUUACUGAAGAAGCCAUCGUCGCUCAUCCCGUGGAAGGCCGAUGAACCAUGGCCGCAGCCUUACUACCAAUGGGACAUUGACAGCGAAGUCUGGCAACCUAUCAAGCAACUGGCAUCCCCGGUCAAGGACCAGGCACCAUCUAUCUCUACCAUAUCUCUAUACAGUUGGAACAUUGAUUUCAUGCUGCCAGCCGCUGAGGCGCGAAUGAAUGCCGCUUUGGCUCACCUUGAGGAAGCGACAAGUCAGCUCCCUUCCACCACCGCCGCUGUGAUCAAUUUGCAAAUGCAGUCCUUCGGACCUCAUUACUUCGACCGCCGGCUACAGAUCAGUUCAUGCUUCCGAGUCCACUUCUCUGCCACACAGAUGGAACGAGAUGCACUUUUCGUCGAUGUCACAAUGCCAGUAACAUCGAGGAAACUCCGCUUGGCAGACACGCACCUCGAAUCAUUAGCUUUGGAUCCACCGCUGCGUCCGUCGCAGAUGCGUCUCGCUGCAAAGUACUUGCAAGACGGCGAGGGACUGGCGGGUGCCAUCAUUGCAGGUGACUUCAAUGCCAUCCAGCCAUUCGACGCCAGCUUGCACUCAGAUAACAAUCUCCACGAUGCCUACCUCGAUCUGGGCGGUCGGGAAGACUCCGAGGACGGUUUCACCUGGGGUCAGCAGGCGUUGCCCGCGCUGCGCGAGCGCUUCGGAUGCUCGCGGAUGGACAAGGCUUUCUUCUGUGGGACCGGUAUCAGGCUUCAAGCGUUCGAGAGGUUCGGUAUCGACGUCGAGAUUGACGAAAGCAAGAAGAAGCAAAGAGAUCGUUUGCUUGCGCUUGGCUUUGGCAAAGCUUGGGUUACCGACCACCUAGGUAUCAAGGCCACGUUUGCAGUUGUCAACGACACACGCUUGUAA